UAUAAACAAUUAUAAUUAGUUAAUUAAACAAAUAAUAAGUCUCCCGACACCUGCCUAUCCUCACUCUCCCUCUCCUCCCAUUCCUACUUGCCUCCAAAUUUUCCCGAGAACCAAACACCCACCUACACCAAUAAAACCACCAUGAGAGAAAUCCUCCACAUCCAGGGCGGUCAAUGCGGCAACCAAAUCGGAGCCAAGUUUUGGGAAGUCAUCUGCGACGAACAUGGGAUUGACCAAACCGGGAAAUACAGUGGCGACUCCGAUCUUCAGCUUGAACGGAUUAACGUUUAUUAUAACGAAGCCAGUGGGGGCCGGUACGUUCCCAGAGCGGUUCUCAUGGAUCUGGAGCCGGGUACUAUGGACUCCCUCAGAUCCGGGCCGUUUGGUCAAAUCUUUCGCCCGGAUAACUUUGUUUUUGGGCAGUCGGGUGCUGGGAAUAAUUGGGCUAAGGGUCAUUACACUGAAGGCGCUGAGUUGAUUGAUUCUGUUCUUGAUGUUGUCAGAAAAGAAGCUGAGAAUUGUGAUUGCUUGCAGGGAUUUCAAGUAUGUCAUUCUUUGGGUGGAGGAACUGGUUCUGGCAUGGGAACCCUUCUUAUAUCGAAAAUCAGGGAGGAGUAUCCUGAUCGCAUGAUGCUAACAUUUUCAGUCUUUCCUUCACCCAAGGUAUCUGACACAGUUGUUGAGCCAUACAAUGCCACCCUCUCUGUUCAUCAGCUUGUUGAGAAUGCUGAUGAAUGUAUGGUGCUGGAUAAUGAAGCUCUUUAUGAUAUUUGUUUCCGGACUCUCAAGCUUGCUACCCCAACUUUUGGUGAUCUUAACCAUCUCAUCUCUGCUACUAUGAGUGGUGUCACCUGCUGUCUUCGUUUCCCUGGGCAGCUGAACUCUGACCUUAGGAAGCUUGCUGUUAAUCUUAUCCCAUUCCCGCGUCUUCAUUUCUUCAUGGUUGGUUUUGCACCCUUGACAUCAAGAGGAUCACAGCAGUAUCGUGCUCUUACUGUCCCUGAACUAACCCAACAGAUGUGGGAUGCCAAGAACAUGAUGUGUGCUGCUGAUCCACGUCAUGGUCGCUACCUCACUGCUUCAGCCAUGUUCCGUGGUAAGAUGAGUACAAAAGAGGUAGACGAACAAAUGAUUAAUGUCCAGAACAAGAACUCUUCAUACUUUGUUGAGUGGAUCCCGAAUAAUGUCAAGUCUAGUGUAUGUGACAUUCCUCCUAAGGGUCUCAAAAUGGCAUCCACAUUCAUUGGAAACUCAACUUCAAUCCAGGAGAUGUUUAGGCGGGUUAGCGAGCAGUUUACAGCUAUGUUUAGGCGGAAGGCUUUCUUGCACUGGUACACUGGUGAGGGAAUGGAUGAGAUGGAGUUCACGAGGCGAGAGUAA